UGGUCGAGGCCGCGGUUCCGAGGGCACUGCCCGGGCAAGUUGGAGCCGCGAGGGCCCGCGGGUCCCAGGGCGGUCCCAGUAGCCCUAGCGCAAGUGACCUGGACGCCGCUGCCUCCUGCCCACACCAUGACCCAGCCCGUGCCCCGGCUCUCUGUGCCCGCCGCGCUGGCCCUGGGCUCGGUCGCGCUGGGCGCUGCCUUCGCCAGCGGCCUCUUCCUGGGGAGACGGUUCCCUCCAUGGCGAUCCCGGCGAGAGAAGCGCCUGCUGCCCCCUGAGGACAGCCCCCUGUGGCAGUAUCUCCUGAGCCGCUCCAUGCGGGAGCACCCGGCGCUGCGGAGCCUGCGGCUGCAGCUGACCCUGGAGCAGCCGCAGGGGGAUUCCAUGAUGACCUGUGAGCAGGCCCAGCUCUUGGCCAACCUGGCUCGCCUCAUCAAGGCUAAGAAGGCGCUGGACCUGGGCACUUUCACAGGCUACUCAGCCCUAGCGUUGGCCCUGGCGCUGCCCCCGGCCGGGCGCGUGGUGACCUGCGAGGUGGACGCAGGGCCCCCGGAGCUGGGACGUCCCCUGUGGAGGCAGGCCGAGGAGGAGCACAAGAUCGAACUUCGGUUGAAACCCGCCCUGGAGACCCUGGACGAGCUCCUGGCCGCGGGCGAGGCCGGCACCUUCGACGUGGCCGUGGUGGAUGCGGACAAGGAGACCUGCACCGCCUACUACGAGCGGUGCCUGGAGCUGCUGCGACCCGGAGGCGUCCUCGCUGUGCUCAGUGUCCUGUGGCGUGGAGAGGUGUUGCAGCCUAAACCGCAGGACAAGGCGGCCCAGUGUGUGCGAAACCUGAAUGAGCGCAUUCUGCGGGACGCCAGGGUCCACAUCAGCCUCCUGCCCCUGGGCGACGGCCUCACCUUAGCCUUCAAGAUCUAGGGCUGGCCCCUAGCGAGUGGCCUCAAGGGAGGGGCCCUGGGACCCCCAGCCAUCGACACCGAGUUUUAAAUCUGACAAUAAAGUGAGGCCUGGGACACGA